UUAAGAAACCCGGAAACGGUUCCCUUCUGCGUGUUCACUGGUCACGGGCGGUCGCGGGUCCCGCACAGACAGCUGAGCAUGAUAUUUCGAUCUGCUAACUGGGCUUUUCGAAGCAGCGUGUGGUGCUGGCGAAACCGGGCCGUCCUCAAAGCAGCGCAGAAGGCCUCGGACGUCAAAGGUUGCCGUUGGUACUCGACCCCAACUCGUGGCGGUGUCACAGGCAUGGAGGAGAUACUGGCGAGGGUCGUUGCACCGUUACCCACAUACGAAACGAGAGACAAAUACCCGCCUCCCCCCGAAUCAAACAGCUUGGAGUUCAUGCACUUCUACGGAAGUCUCGACAAGGAAGACAAACUCGGCUUCCUGACGAAGCUGUCGCAAGACUUCGGAGUAGACCACAAGGGCGUCUCGGAGCUCGCUUUGAGGCUGUUGGACACUCAGCUACGAGACUUGGCGACUAUUCUGCAAGUUGAAGACCGGCUGCGAUACGGCUUGACUCCCCGUUACAAACAGUUGCUUAACCAUAUAAGCAGGGUCGAGGGGGGCGUGAAGUUCCUGGUGGACCUGCGAGCCGACGUGCUUGAAAUAAUAUCAUCCAAAGCUAGCGAGACCCCGCACAUAAGGGACCUGAACGGCACGCUGAAGAGCUUGCUGUCUGAGUGGUUCUCUGUAGGUCUGCUCCGACUGGAGAGAAUCACCUGGCAGUCCCCCUGCGAGAUCCUGCAGAGGAUCAGCCAGUAUGAGGCAGUGCACCCUAUAAGGAACUGGACGGACCUGAAGCGCAGAGUCGGGCCGCAUCGCCGCUGUUAUGCCUUCACCCACGCCGCCAUGCCGGGAGAACCCCUGGUUGUACUUUAUGUGGCCCUCACUGAAGACAUCUCUGACAACAUUCAGAGUAUCGUCCGCGAGUUUGCCACUCUUGACUCCGAGGAGGAUGUGAAUAAGAUAAAUGCAGCCAUCUUCUACUCCAUCUCCUCCACCCAGGCUGGCCUUCAGGGGGUGGAGCUGGGCAACUACCUCAUCAAGAGGGUGGUCCGAGGACUACAGAGCGAGUUCCCUCACAUGGCCCAGUUCUCCAGCCUGUCUCCGAUUCCGGGUUUCUCCUCUUGGCUCCAAGGUCUGCUCAGCCAGUACAAGAAGGAAGGCCGGGGCUCUGACCUCCUCUCUGAGCAGGAGUGGAAGGAGGUGGAGCAGGCCACUGGCUCGGCCCCGGGGUCUACCGCCAUUGAGGCCCUCCGCAAGCUGAUCGCCACGAGUGAGUGGAUGCGCUCUGAGCGCCUGACGUGCGUCCUGGAGCCCGUCCUGAUGCGCCUGUGCGCCUGGUACCUCUACGGGGAGAAGAGGCGAGGCUACGCUCUCAACCCGGUGGCCAACUUCCACCUGCAAAACGGCGCCACCAUGUGGCGGCUCAACUGGAACGCCGACACCAGCCCCAGGGGCGUGGAAAACUCAUGCGGCGUCAUGGUGAACUAUCGGUACUUCCUGAACGAGACGUCUAAAAACAGCACGCUUUACCUGCAGAACAAGGUCAUCACGGCGUCGGAGCAGGUGCUGGGGCUGGUGUCCCAAUUCCAGAAGAGCAGCAAACUGUGAGAAAGAGACGAGGAUGAACCCUUAAAUACAAAUCUGUGCGGUUCUCUGGCACUUGAUAUCGUCAGUAUACGCUAACUGCCAAACUUAUUGAUAUAACAUUUGGCAUAUUGUUAAAACUGCUUCAGAGACACCACUGAAUGGACGUCAGCUGACAUUAUUCUUUAAUUGAAAUUAGAACAUUUCUCAGAUGACGUCGCUCAUCCCGUCGUCUGAAUGUAAUGCAUAAGUUAGGCUGCUUGCCUCAUUGGGUUUCUGGUUGAAGCUGUUUGAUAUUGUGUAAGUGCCUCUCAGGCCGAGAGAGUGUAGCUAAUGGAGCACGAGGAAUCUAUCAAUGCUUUACCAUGUUCUUGGAUAACAGUGUGUGUGUAAUGGUGAAACAGGAGCAACGAGGGAGUGCAGCUACUGGAAUAAAUGACGUUUAGAUUCUUUCAUUUGGCUGAACAGUCUCACUGCAAACGUGUUGAUGAAUGCGAGAGAGUUGGAGUGUGUCUUUCUUUCUUCUUUCAACGUGGAGGGUUUAAAUAGGGUUUAUAUACACCUGCUUAUUCCCACUGAAGCUCAAUACACUAAAGGCAUGAAAUCAAUGAGUAGAAAUAUUUCAUUUUACACAACUCUAAAAGAAAAAAAUACUGUUGGGUAAAAUGAAAUAUUUCUACUAAUUCUUUUUCUAUUCGUCGACUGUCCUCGUUCUGAUCCACUGGACUGGACCCUCCUGUCGCCUCAUUCACAUUACUUAAUUUUCUUUUGAUAAUUUUACACACACACACACACCACCGACGUCUCUGCAGAGCCAUUGCUAAUGUUCUCACUGCUCUGUACAGGUGCCAAGCAGGGCUCAUCCCAGCCCACACUGCAUUGUUGUGAAAUAAUAUAUCAAAGCAAGUUGACUGUGAAAUGACAUUUUAUCUCUCCAAGGAGCCAAACUUUCUUUUAGUUUUUUUUAUCCACACCAUCUGUAUUCCCCCCACCCCACCCAUUUAUUUUUGUUCUCUCCCUGUGCUGCUCUGUGUCCUAGAAACUAAUGUAGUGGAAAAUAAAGUUGAAGUAAAUGGCUAG